GGUUACUAAAUAAGGAGGAAUUGUACUUAGUACCAAGAAAAAUUAGGAUUAUAAUGUGAUUAGCACACUCACAGAGUCAACGUACAUGUACAAACUGGUCCUCCUUAACUACAUGCACUAUGUAUUUUUAACAGCUUACUUUUUUUCUCCUUUCUCCCAUUUCUAAUUUCCUUUUCAACCUUCCAUUGAAGCAGCGCGCAGAAAUGGAGCUUCCCUUUGGGAAAUACUCCACUUCAGCUCAAAGAACUCCAAGAAUAUUUAUACUUAUUAUAGUUUUAGCAGUUACAGUUCUGGGUCUUAUCCCUCUUUACCACCCCUUUAAUUGGUACCCAGCAGAUUUAGUAACCCAAAAUCCAUCUGAAAUAUCACCCACAUACCAUGCUGAGGAGCAUAAGAUAAAGAUUAAAGAGCCAGAAACAUGCGAUAUUUUCAGUGGGGAAUGGGUUUGGAAUCCGGAUGCUCCAUAUUACACGAAUGUGACCUGUUCUGAAAUCCAUGAGCACCAAAAUUGUAUGAAGUAUGGUAGACCUGAUACUGAUUACUUGAAGUGGAGGUGGAAGCCUAAUGGAUGUGAGCUCCACAUUUUUAACCCGUUUCAGUUUUUGGAUAUGGUUAGAAACAAGUCUUUGGCAAUUGUCGGUGACUCAGUUGGAAGAAACCAAAUGCAGUCCUUGAUUUGCCUCUUGGGCCGGGUGGAAUAUCCUAUUGAUAUUUCUGACAAUCCAGAUCAAUCUUUCAAAAAGUACAAAUACACAACUUACAACUUCACCCUAGCAAUGAAUUGGUCACCAUUUUUGGUUUCAACGAAAGAAAUAGAUGCAGAUGGUCCAUGCCAUACUGGACUCUAUAACCUUUACCUAGAUGAAGCCGAUGAGAAAUGGACCACCCUAAUUGAGGGAUAUGACUACAUCAUCUUAAACGCCGGCCACUGGUUUGCCCGGUGCAGCGUCUACUACGAAAACAACCAACGAGUCGGCUGCAAGUACUGUGGAUUGCCAAAUGUUACUGAACUCCCACAUAACUAUGCCUACCAAAGGGCAUUUAGAACUGCUCUUAAAGCUAUCAACGACGUAGAAAAUUUUAAGGGUGUAGCGAUUCUUAGGACUUUUGCACCUUCUCAUUAUGAAGGUGGGGACUGGAAUAAGGGAGGAGAUUGUGCAAUGACAAGGCCAUUCAGAAGUAAUGAGACCGCGUCGGAAGGUCAAAGCUUGGAGCAAUAUAGGAUCCAAGUCAAAGAGUUUAAGAUUGCAGAGAAGGAAGGGAAGAUGAAGGGGAGGAGAUUCAGAUUGAUGGAUACAACAAAAGCAAUGUUGUUGAGACCAGAUGGUCACCCAAGUAAAUAUGGGCAUUGGCCUAGUGAAAAUGUGGUAAAUGACUGUGUCCAUUGGUGCUUGCCUGGUCCUAUUGAUUCUUGGGCUGAUUUCUUGUUUCAUAUGUUAAAGAUGGAGGGCAUCAGAUCCCUAGUUGAAAAGCUUCAAUGAGAGAGCUAAACUAUACAUUAUUGUACUUUGAUUUUUCAUAAAUUUUUCUUCCUAAUGAUCAUUUACUCUUUUGAGGAUUCUAUAGUCGA